AUGAAAAUGGUUUUGGCCCUGGAGAAAUAUACCAUCCCUCCGCAUAUGCUGUUUAUUACUCCAAAUCCAAAGAUUCCAUGGGAGACUGCUAAACUUUCAGUUGCCAUGGCAGCGAGCCCAUGGCCCGCCUCUGCUAGAGAAAGAGUUAGGGUGAACUCAUUCAGCAUUUCGGGCGCAAAUGCACAUCUCAUUAUGGAUUCUGCGGCAUCCUUCAAUGUUGGCGGCUCCACCACCCCAAGGGCUACUGCAUCGUGCCCGGAAUUGCUUGUUUUUUUCAGCCCAUCACCCGAGUCGCUCAGGAGAACCACAAAAAACUAUAAGAUGUACAUUGAUACAACCCAUCUGCCAUAUCGUUCAUUCGCUGUCAUAGACGGAACAGAUUCUAUGGAAUUCCCAUCUCCGACAAAGAGUGGGGCUUCUCCGUUGCUAAUCUGGGUCUUCACAGGCCAAGGUGCCCAGUGGGCUGGUACGGGGCAGGAGUUGUUCGGAAAUUACUCUUCCUACUGCGAUGAUAUUCGUGCUAUGGACGCAGUAUUAGCCAAUUGCCCUCACCCUCCGGCAUGGAAUAUCGAAGGCAGACGGAUUGCUUAA